AUGUCGACUCCAAACGUCAAACAACUACAUUGGACGCAACGCAUUGCGCUCGUCAGACACAAUCUGCAUGCAGCUAGCCGCAGUGGUGACUUCGGCUUUUUCAAAUCGCUACAGGCGACCGGCUUGAUCGAAGGCACAAAUCACUUCGCAUCGCUUACUUCCAUCCUUGGAGACGAGGCCGACACGGUGUUGUGUGCACUUGACAACCUCAAUGCUGCCUUGGCUUUCAUGCAUCAAGAUGCUUUCCAGAACGUUUACGACGGCCUGAAGAACUCAAUGCGUGACGAGGACAAGCAAGCAGAUCGCUCGAAGUUGUACGUGGACAUCACUAUGCAGAAGAAUAAGGCAGAGAUGGCCAUUGACAAGCUUUCGAACUCGGCCAUUGCACUCAUCAACCAAACGCCCGUCCACGCACAAGACGAAGCCGCCAACGUCUACAUUACCGGCAUCACUCUGGUCGCAGACUGUGCUGAGGUGGUGUUCAAGCAGUUUGAAACUAUCGAGCAGAAGAUGGACGACUUCAUUCGGCUCGAGGAGUCUUGCAACACUGUCAAGGCAUCGGUCCUCGCUGCAACUGCCGGCUUGAAGGGCGUGUUCUACAUGUUGGAUCCAACAGACCCUCAAGAGGAGAAGAGCACACGCAACCUGAGCAUCUCAAGCGCUACGAGUGUUCUCUUCCGCCGCAUGUCAAAUGCUUUCCAGUCUCCACCAUCGACUCGCAGCGCAAGCGUUGCGAGUGACGGCUCUGCGCCCAGAGGCUCCAUCAGCGGCUCGAUUCCAGUGUAUCGCACGCCCAAUUUUGUGCGCAACAGCGUGUCGGCCGGCUGUCCAACGAGCAUGCCCAGCAACAUCCCCAACAUGAACAGCAACUUCAACGCUCACAGUUUCAACAAGUUCCAGUGUCACACAUUGAGCACCAUCCCGCCGACUCCGGCUUACGAAGAAGAGAUGGACCCAUUCGACACGGCUGUCCCACCAGUGCCGGCCUUGCCGAUUGAGCAGAGCAGAAUGAGCCAGGCUGUGAUGUAA